CGCGUGGAGGAGCCUCCGCCUCCAGGCCGCGGAAGAGGAAGCCAGCUGAGCGGGCGGCGCAGCCAAGGGCAGGGGAGCGGGCCCAGCCCGCCAAGCAAGUGCGACGGAGGACUUAACCCUUGCCUCUGUGUUCCACUCCUCCACUGACCAAGAAGCAGUGUGUUAAGUUUGAAUGCAGAAGACACAGAUUCCAACCUCAAGCUGUGAAGCUCAGUGGAUGGCCUUAGGUAGGCCACAUCCCCUGGUUCUCUGCGGCUGAAUUUAGUAACACAGGCUGGCCAAACUGACUGCAGUGUGAAGCAGAUCGAAUAGCACACCCCUCUCCGUCUCUGUGGAAGCUCCUAACAACUGCCCGUGGCCUGCACUGAACCAUGGCUGCUUCUGUUCUCUGGGCAAUCGACUAUGAGGUUUAUGGGGAAGUCCAGGGUGUCUUCUUUAGAAAGUACACAGAAGAGCAGGGGAGGAAGUUGGGAGUGGUUGGCUGGGUGAAGAACACUGCCCACGGGACAGUGACCGGGCAAGUGCAAGGGCCCAAGGAGAAAGUGGAGAUCAUGAAGAACUGGCUACGCAGCGUAGGAAGUCCCAUGUCUCGUAUUGACCAGGCUGUGUUCUCCAAUGAGAGGGAGAUCGGCACCCUUGAGUUCCAGUCCUUCACCACCAAAUACUAGAGCCUGCUGGCUGGUCAGGAUUGGAUGUCCACCUCCAAGAACAAGGAGGGAUACUCCGCUCAGAAGGAAGCACCACUCUCCCUUUCUGGGACAGGCUGUGCUGCUGAUGACCGGAUUUGACUGUGUUCUAGGCCCAUGGCACUUCAAGUACCCUUUUGGAUCCUUCCAGCUGCUAGUUAUCUGAAAAGUACCAGUUGCCCACUGGUGUCUAUAAAGAGGUUGUAAGCUCUU